AUGGCGAACCAGCUUCUGUCCACCGUCGCGCACCGCGAUACCCUUCCGGAGGGUUACACGCGGCCCGAGAACGACCGGCCGCAGCUCGCCGAUGUUGUGACUGACAGCAACAUCCCCCUCAUCGACCUCGCCUCGCCGGACAAGCAUCGCGUCAUCGCUGAGAUCGACCAGGCUUGCCGCACCUACGGCUUCUUCCAGAUCAUAAACCAUGGGAUAUCAGAGGAGCUGCUGGAGAAGGUGAUGGCUGUGGGGCUUGAGUUUUUCCGGCUCCCGCCGGAAGAGAAGGCCAAGCUCUAUUCUGAUGAGCCAUCCAAAAAGAUAAGGCUUUCUACAAGCUUCAACGUCCGCAAGGAGACAGUGCACAACUGGCGGGACUAUCUGCGCCUUCAUUGCCACCCGUUGGAGGUGUUCGUGCCCGACUGGCCAUCCAAUCCUGAAACGUUCAAGGAGAUCAUCAGCACCUACUGCCGCGAAGUCCGGCUGCUCGGCCUCCGACUCCUGGGCGCGAUCUCCCUGGGCCUGGGCCUCGAGGAGGACUACAUCGAGAAUGUGCUGGGCGAGCAGGAGCAGCACAUGGCCGUCAACUACUACCCGCGGUGCCCCGAGCCGGACCUCACCUACGGCCUGCCCAAGCACACGGACCCCAACGCCCUCACCAUUCUCCUCAUGGACCCCCACGUCUCCGGCCUGCAGGUGCUCAAGGACGGCGCCCAGUGGAUCGCCGUCGACCCCCGGCCCAACGCCCUCGUCGUCAACCUAGGCGACCAGUUACAGGCAGUGAGCAACGGCGCGUACAAGAGCGUCUGGCACCGCGCGGUGGUCAAUGCGGCGCGGGAGCGCCUGUCGGUGGCAUCUUUCCUGUGCCCGUGCAACAGCGCGGUGAUCGGCCCGGCGGACAAGCUCGUCGGCGACGGGGACGAGCCCGUGUACCGCAGCUACACCUACGACGAGUACUACAAGAAGUUCUGGAGCAGGAACCUGGACCAGGACCACUGCCUGGAGCUCUUCACGGGUCAGAAGUGA